AUAAAAAGUGUAUUAAGCAAAACUCACGACGAACAAUGGCUUACGAGGAGAAAAUAACUAUACUAGGCUCCACCGGGAAUAUUGGCAAGCUAGUAUGCCUCACAGUCUCGCGUAUAUUUUCUUGCAGUCGUCGUUCAAUGCUUCGAAAUCGUAACGCAACACCCGGUUUGUCUAUCUUUCUUGGUCGGCCAGCAGAGACUUUGGAGGAAUGGAUUGAACAAAAAAAGGUGUUUUUUUGUAAAUUGAGAUGUAAAAAUAAUACUUAUUCAAACUGUCCCUAUCAUAUCGGGUGCGUUUUUUUUUCACUUGGAAUCAAUAAAAACCAAGUAGUAGCAGUAAGGCUAAGUGUGAUGUGUAGGAGUUAUCAUUUCUCUACAUAUUUCUAACGAUCGAUAACUCUACUACAUGUACU